CCACCAGUUCCCAGCUCGUCGUCCGGGAGUGCCGUCCGUGCAAGUACACCGCAGGCCGACGCGGCGGAGGCAAAAGCCAAUCUGCACCCCGGAAAUUUCCCAAGCCGAAAUCGCAACACCCUAGCCCGCUGCUCCGUCUGAUUCCCCUCCUCCUCCCUCCUCCCUCGCUCGCCGCUCCUCUCCGCGGCGUCUGCGGCUUUCCCUCUCCGCUCCAAGGAGCGGUAAGGCCUACCGCCGCGCCGACCGCCGACCGCCACCGCCAGCCAUGUCUUCUCAGGUCGACAGCCGCAACCAAUCCGCUGGGAAGCGCGCGCGCACCGACGGCAGCCGGCGUGAGGAUGACUGGGUUUGCCCCAGCUGCAAGAAUGUCAACUUCGCCUUCCGCACCACUUGCAACAUGCGCAACUGCAACCAGUCCAGGCCAGCGGAUCACACGAAGGCCAUGCAAAAGCCUAUGCAGACUCCGCCCCACUACACCACGUCAGGGGGUUACAUGGGCCCAGGGACACCUCCAUCGAUGUACCUUGGUGGGGGUGCUCCCCCGUAUGGGACCUCCAUGUUUAAUGGACCUGCAAUGCCGCCGCGCUAUGGCAUUCCUCAGUUCCCUGGGAGUUCGGCGUAUCCAUAUGGAUAUGGUGGUCGCAUACCGAUGGGGAGCCCCUACGGGCCGAUGCAAAUGGCCGGGCCACCUCCAUAUUCUGGUGGAUCUAUGAUGGGAGCAGGUGGAAUGUAUGGAAUGCCCAUGGACAGAUAUGGCUUAAUUCCUCCUAGUCCUGGUUCAAUGGGCACAAGGGCUGGCUCAUAUUCUGAUGAAGGUUCCCAGAAGAAGCCUGCAGGAUCUGGGUGUGAUAAUGAUUGGGAGUGUCCAAAUUGCCACAACAUCAACUUCGCCUUUCGCACAGUCUGUAAUAUGAGAAAGUGCAACACACCAAGACCUGAAAACCAGGGAUCUAAGCCUGAUGGUUCAAGAGGCUCAAAACCAAAGAUGCCAGAGGGCAGUUGGAAGUGCGAGCAGUGCAAUAACAUAAACUAUCCAUUCAGAACAAAAUGCAAUCGUCCUCAAUGUGGAGCAGAGAAGCCACUGCAGACAAACAAUACAAAUGAUUCAGCAACAGAUCAGGACAAUCAGUUUUUGUCAUGUAACAUUACGAAGCUUUUAUCAAAGCUGCGACUUCUUCAUGAAUCUCAAGACAACAGUGAGCAGACACAGACGGAUCUUCCUGGUGAUGUGGCUGGAGCACCAAUGAGUUCUCACGUGUUCCGGAUGGCAGCACUCAGUGUGUUGCAGAACAGUCUUACAAACUAAUUUGCUACCGUUUCAUAUUGUGAAAUGAAGGUGAGAAAUUUGCACCUCGUGGAUAUGCUUCUGUAGUGAGCGUCUGGCAGCGCUAUAGGAAGUUCGAGAUGGUAAGCAUUUGUGAUGUUCAGGGGCCAGUAUCUUGAUGUAACCAUUUCAGUUUCUGUUUGGAGUGUCUUGUUUCCUUUUUAUCCUUUUCUUUAUUUAUUCUUUAUGCCUAAGUUUGAGCACGCCACUAUUGUUCCGUACUCCUGAUGUAAGUUCAUCACGUUUCUAAAAUGUACCGGAGAUAAUUUCCCCCAUGCCA